CUGGGUGAGGAGCCCACUGCUAACGGAUGUGAUCAAGGCAAAGAUUUCCAUCUGGCUCCCGGGACUGAUGGUGAAAUUCCCAUGGGAUCGGAGCGGAUGGAAAUGCGCAAACGGCAGAUGUCUGUGGCCCAGGAGACACCAAGUUCCACACAGGCACAGCAUGGCAUUGGGAAUCGAGCUUCCAAUGCCUGCUGCUUUUGUUGGUGCUGUUGUUGCAGCUGUUCAUGUCUUACUGUUAGGAAUCAAGAUGAAGAGAGAGCAAGGAGGACAUCCCAUGAACUCAGAGCAGAGAGUAUUCCAAACUGUGAGGAGAGUCCCACUCCUACUCUUGAAGAAGUAAAUGCUUGGGCUCAGUCAUUUGACAAGUUAAUGAUCACCCCAGCGGGCAGAAAUGCUUUCCGGGAGUUCCUCCGAACAGAAUUCAGUGAAGAGAACAUGCUUUUCUGGAUGGCCUGUGAGGAGUUAAAGCAGGAAUCCAACAAGAGUGUCAUAGAAGAAAAAGCAAGGUUAAUCUAUGAAGAUUAUAUUUCUAUCCUUUCUCCAAAAGAGGUCAGCCUGGACUCCAGAGUAAGGGAAGUUAUCAACCGAAAUAUGCUGGAACCAUCACAACAUACUUUUGAUGAUGCACAGCUUCAGAUUUACACCUUAAUGCAUAGAGACUCCUACCCACGGUUUAUGAACUCUGCUAUUUAUAAGGACUUGCUUCAGUCCUUAUCUGAGAAAUCCAUCAAAGUAUAAUAUUUUUAUUAAUGUAUUUAUUAAAAAAAGAAAUGGAACUCUGGGCUACAUCAACCAACAUGGAAUUUAGAGUUAAUAGGAUAUUUACCUGAAAAUAAACUCAGGCAUAUUUUAAUAUGGACUAUCAAUGUUUUAACCUGCAGAGGGCUCUGAUACCACAAGCUAACUGCAGCCUCUGAUCAACUUAAGUGACACUUUGCAAAGGAGAAUGUAGAGAGAGUUGGAUGUUAAAAAAGUCGUAUUUUUACAAUAGCAGAAUGUACUUGGACAUGAACUUAUAGGAGAAGUUAAAAUUACCACUCUGGAAGAAAGAACUCUCCAAUUUAUUUUUUUAAACUGUUAGUUAUGGCUGCUCUUACCUCUCCCCCCACCAUUGUGCAGCCACAGUAAAAAUACUUGUGCUGUUGAUACUUGGGCUACACUAGACUGAAGCCUCACAUUUUAUAAUAGUACAACCUGGUCACUACUUAUGAAGUGGAGAUGGUACUUGUCUUGGAGUGGCUACCUGAUACAUAUAAGCAAUGUGUUCAUGGCAAUGAAAUAUAACAACCUCCAGUUUAUGGAAGCUAGUGGUUUGGAAUAAUACUGCCUAUAACAUUCUCUUUACUGAAAAGUGUUAUUUUACUAUCAGAGUCUGCUGAAAACAUUUGUAAGUUCAUACUGUUAAUGUUUAUAAAAGCUGAAGAAUUUAGGAGAGGGAAGAGUCUGGGCAUUUAUAAUCAUAAAUAAAGCACAAGAAUUGUCACGUGUUGUUCUCUUCACUGCAAAGGCAGAUGCAAAUAAUGGUAAUUAAUAUUUCAGUAUUUAGUCCCUAGAGCACUGCAGUAGCAGCCAUUUGAUGUGUUCACAGAUGCUGAAAAUCCUAAAUUACAGGCCAGAUUGUUUGUGGGGUGAUAUUCAUACACUUCAUACCAAAGCAAGUUAAAACAAGCUUCCAGGGAUAUGGCAUUAAUUCAGGCUCAGAAGAUCUCAAAGCAAAGCAGUAUUCUUCCACAAGCUUCACACUUGUAUUUCUGGUAUCCCUAAUAUAUUGCACUUGUAUGUGCAGAUUAGUGCUUUUUGCCAAGCCUCAUACCUAUUACCAUAUGGCAUUUCAACACACCCCAGAAUUAGUUAUCAUAGCUAAAUCUAGGAAGAAGUUAAACAAAUUGCCUUUAAGUACCAAUUUAUAGAUCCAUUUUUACAGAGUUGCUUAAUCUAUAGUAAUUAAGCCAAAUACACUAUAGUUUAAUGUAAUUCCACUACGUACAUUUUAGUUUACUGCAGAAUUCCCUUCAGUGGUAGUUUCCUAUGUAUUGACUGACUGAACGCAGUGAGAUGUGAAACAGAAGGUACGUGGAGAGGAGAAGGGUAGAGAGUGAAAAAUCAUCUCUUUAAAAGGGAUUCAUAUAGGUAGUUUUGCAUUGCUUUUUCUAGGAAGCUAUAGCAAUCUUUCUCCAGCCUAUCAGCAGUUCUCCCAUUUGGGCACUAUGAUACUAAACACCUUCUCACUGGAGGAAAAUCCAGGCAUGUGCUAAUUUCCUUGCUUGUUCAAUGCACCAUGCAGGAGAUAUGUUUUGCUCUUUCAGCAUUAAUCCCGUUAAAAAAAAUAAUGAGCUUUGUCACUACACAAUAUCAAGAGAGAAGACCUGAUACAAGGUAAGUUGUAAGCAACAGCUGUGGCCAAAGUUUCCAUCAUCUAUUUCUAUAAAAACCAACAACAACAUUUAACAUGUCAGUUUGAAAAAAAUGAUUUAAGCAACAUUUAACAAGUAACACUGCAAAACAGUGCUGCCAGCUGCCUUGCGGGGUUGGAUGACUCAGUUAAACAGAAAAAAGAGCUCUUCUAGGUCACUGGGUAAAAUCUGGUCCAAGUCAGUAGUGACUGUCAGUUGUUACUAGAAUACAUUUGGUGGCUGGUUAUGUCAAAUUAGAGAUCUCAGUCCAGUUCACUGAUAUAUCCACAGCGUAAGACAAUAUUCAAAUUAAUAGUUUCAGUUUACACUGUAUAUUAACUGGCAUGCUGGCUAGUAGUCUCAGCACUAGCCAAAGAUCAAAAUAGGCAUGUUGGUGAGGUAGCAGUGGGAGAACUUGGGAUUAUCACUAAAUAUGCUGUACUUAUGUAUUAAUUUGGUUGUGUCAGGGCUUUCAGAAGCACCGAGAUGACAAAAGAAGUUAAACUAGGUCACUUUCAGCUUGCUAGAGAGAUCAGAUAUGUCCAUCAGAAAAGUUCAACGCUGUGUCAUUUCAUGAAACUGACAAUUUAGUUUUGUUUAAUGCUUCCCCCAUCUUUUUAAAGAUGCCUCAUUAAGAGCUAGGAGACAAACAGAGCAAAUGUGCAUCAUAUGAAAUGCAAUGAGAUCUAGCCUAUUAUACUCAAUGAAAGAGACUUACUGAAAUUAAAGAGAUACUGUCCAGAAUUUUUUUUUUAAUUUAUCAGACUAUUAAAAGUGAAAGUAUUUUAAAAAUCUAAUUUGCUGAUUUCUACUGCUUGUUUUUACUUUCUGCACUGCACUUCACUUGGACAAUUAAGCUAGACUGGUCAGUUUCUUGGGAAAUGAAAAGUUAAAGGAAACUUUCCAUUCAUUUCUGUGGUUAAAACAUACCCUCCUGUCACACAAUUUCAGGAUAUUAGACCUACGCCUCUUCACAGCAUCUCUUAAGUAUUAAAUUUUUAGCAUUUCUUCAUUUUAACUGAAUUUUAUAUAAGAUUAAAUAAGAUUAAUUAAAUCACACAUUAAAAGAGCUUUCCCUAUAUUUUGUUUCACUACUCCUAACUAUGCAUAAACUCAUCUCAGGUGAAAUAUACUAACCUUUUCCAAGGGCCAAGUUUUGGUCCCACUGAAUUAGGAAAUACUAAUUAGAUUGUUAUAGUUGGCAAUAAUUGUUACAGAAAUAUGAGAACAAAGUGAUCAUAUCUACACAAGUUAUACAGAACAAAUGAAGUCAAAGCCAUUAUCACAGGGUCAAUAUAUCCUGUCUUGAAAAUAAACAUUGCUGGUUUGCAUUGGCAUUUAUCUAGCAGCAGGACAUCAUUAAGCUGCACUAACCUUCUAUUCCACUGGUACUAGCUUCUAAAUGUCUGCACUUUAUAUACCAAUAACUCCCACAGAACAUUCAUACUGUUAAAGAGUAUUCUUUUCAUGAACCUGCUAAGCAAUAUUAAAAUUGCAUGGACCCCUUCAGCCAACACAUCAAUUGAUGCUAUCCACAUUGUGCUUUAGACUGAACUUUAAAUUCCAAAUUCAUUAGUACAAUAUAAUGAAGUACAAUACACCAAAUGUCUGUAGGUUACACAUUUUAAAAUCACACAAAAUUUUGUUCCAGUAGCAUGGUGUUCCAGUAUCUAGGUGUCCUUUCUAAUAAGAGAGGGACUUUGAGACACAAAGAAUGACCAUUAAAGCCUUCUUAAUAUGAAAUUUAAAAAACUAAUAAUUCACCCUGAGAAAUUGUGUUUAACUUCUUCAGCUAAAGACAUAGCCAAGUUUUAAACUAUUAGUGAGCAUCAGUCUCAAACUUGUUAAAGAGAACACUUUUUAUACUAAACACACUACAAUAACUUUAUGGGGAGAGGAUGACUCAAUUUAAUUCAGCAACCUAUCUCGGUCAGUAGAGACUAAGGCCCUUAACUUGUCCCAUUUUGGCCAAUGGGAGUUUUGCCCAAGUAGCUGUAGGAUCUAGAACCAGAAACUGUUAUACCUACUGGCUGGGGCUUUAGACGAAGAAUAUCUCAUUCCAGUUCUCACAAGAGUCUGAAUUGUGAUACAGGCUUUAGUGAUUUGUGGAUUUCCUGUGCGAAGUCUCACAAAACUGAGCAGGCAUGGAAAGUGAAUUAUUAUUGUAUCUUAUCAUCCAGGGAAGCUAUCCUUUCAUGUAAGGGCAGAGAUAGGUUGAAGGUAGACACAGUGUGAGGAACUUCGUAUAUACCACGCUGUACCUGUUCUGUAACUAAAUGAGAUUUCCCCUGCUGUCAAAGUCCAGCUGGUACCGAAGUCACAAGGACUAUAACUGCUUAAUAGAAUUUGUUAGUCUUGUCCUUUCAGAAGCGCCCAAAAACAAAGGACAGACACAUGGACACUAAACAUCUAUAAUUAAAGUCAUUUUUUUGUUGUCUAAAAGGCAACUUAAAAAAUUUCAAGAUAUUUUCAGAUACAUAAUUAAAACAGUUGUGCUAAGUUUUAAUUGUAGAUUAUUCUGUUCACUUUUCAAGUCAGUUUAAUUUUAAAAAUACCUUUCUGAAUUAGAGCAGAAAUAUCAAACAAGCAGAAUCCAAAUUCCAUAAAAUUAUUCAAUAACCUUUGAAAUAUUUGAAUGAUUUCCUCCUUUUUAAAAAGCGGAUGUGUCUAUAACAAGCUAAAUUCUUAUCCACAUUUAUUUUCCCUUCCAAAAGAAUAGACUAUUUUUCUCUUUCAAUAGGAAAGUUUGAUUUGUAAUGCAAAAUUAAAGUAUUUAGCAAACUCUUUUUUGGGUCUCACAGCUUAAGUGUUUUCAGAAUUUAACGCUGCCUCAUUUGAAACCAUGUCUCUACCAUUACAAAGCAAAUCAGCAAAAGAAAAAUUCUGUCCGCCCAUUCCAGUUAAGGAGUUUAUUCUCCAGAAACUAAAUGGAUUUACAUACUACAGCUACCCACAAAUUCCUCAUGCAUUGAUUAAACAGACCUUCCCCACUCCAAAGCUUAGAUAAAUAUAAAUAUAAAUAUAGAGGUUGCCAAAAAUGUAAGAAUCUUAUGUCCUCUAACCAUGCUGGCUCUUUGCUAAACAGCAUUUGCAAAGUGUUUUAAAAGGUGCCCUGUCAAAAAACAGAUUCUAAUAAAACAAAUCUUUCUAUCAUCCUGGAUGGUGAAAGACCAUAAUUUUAAUGAUUUAUUCUGGUCUCUGGUUUGAUCACUGGCAACAAUGAUUCUACAUAUCAAAAUAAAGUUCAUUAGCAGUUCACGGGAAACUAAUGCCAGUUCUAUGAAUUGAUGUAAAGUAAUAUUACUUCCCCAACAAGUUUAUCUUUUUAUCAACUGGUUUACUGACCAUCAUUUAAACAGCCUGCCACAAAAUGUCUUUGCUCAUUUACAAAGUCUAAAAUAAACUCUGGUAUCAAACACAUACGCAAAACAAACCAAUUAGAUCAAAUUUAAACAAACUAUUUAAGUCAUUUCUCCAGAAAUAAAAUCUAGUGGUAGUAAUAUACAGGCUUUAGGACAAUACAAUAAAUUGGACUGAUCAAUGCUGGUUACAUAAGCAAACUUAUCCAAGCAUUGUAACAGAAUAGGUCAAUAGAUCCAUUAACAAAGUUCCAAAUUUCCUGAUCAGAAUUUAAGCAUUAAUUCAUAAAUGGUAUGUACAAACCAGACAGAGCCAACAAGUUGCAAUUUAGAUACCAUAGCAGAUUUGGUAUAAUUAAAAUGAAGUUAGUUGUCCUUCCUCCCCACAAAAUUAGUAGGAAUAUGCCAAUAAGAAACCAAUACAAAUUUCAUUCAUACAUUUUUAACAUCGUUGAGAGGUAAAAUAUGUCUGGUGGGUAUGUUUCAGACUGUAAAAAAAUAUACAGUACGUUGUUCACAUAGUUAAGAAAAACAAUUCAGUUACCAAAAGUUUAUUGAUAAAAGUUUAAUGUCAACUUACUUACAAAAAUGAAAAAAUAUUUUAAACAUACACCAUACAAUUGAGCAUCCAGGCCCUACUGACUAUUAACUAUAGGAAAGCAUUUAAGGAAGUUGUGUCAAAAACCAAAGGUUAACUCCAGGGAUGUAUGCUGCU